AUGGAUUUGAAGGUUAAGUCAACCGGAUCAGUCACCCCUGGGAAAGAUUCGAAGUUAGUCCGAUCGAAGACCGACGAAUCGAUCAGAAGUAUGGAGAAUCGCGAUCCGAAUUUGUCGAGCCCUGGAAUGAAGGCUACGAAUUCUCCAUCAGUAAAGUCUGCCACGAAAGGUCAGAAGUCAUCCGCUAAGAAAUGCCACAACAGCCCUAAUUUGAUGGCUUCUCCGCCGAACAAGAAUAAGAUCCGGGAGAGGAGGUUCGUUGUGGCGAAGAAGAACUCGAAGAGCGGAAAAGUGAAUUCUUCGGCAGCGGUGGUUUGUAAGUGUGGAAAUAAAGGGGUAAAGUGUGUUUGCGUGGCUUAUGAGAGUCUCAGGGCUUCACAGGAAGAGUUUUUUAAGAAUCGUGGUGCCAGUGUUGAAGAUGAUGAUGAUGGGAAUGGACUGGAGAAAAGCGACGGAACUGAAGAAAGGCAGAGUGAUACUCAAAAUCGACAAGGAAAUGUAAGAGGAUUUGGUGAUAAAGUGUUUGAUGAUGGGUCUGAUCCAAAGGAUGAACAAGAUGGGGAUGAAAGUUCCAGUGAAAUUGCUGUUGCCAACACUGUUAAGAGAAGAAGGGACAAACUAAUGGAAGCUGCAAGACAGAGUGUGCCCGAGGCUGGGUCCGGAAGAGUGUUGCACUUGGUGAAGGCCUUUGAACAGCUUUUAACAAUUCCAAAAUCUACGGAUUCUGAGGAAAACGAUGAGAAGGAGAAGAAGGACAGUAAGAAAGGAACGAAAUGGGCGCUUCCAGGGUUACAAAGCCCAUCAGUUCCAGAGACACAAGUCUCUUCGUCUUCAUUCUGUCCGUCUGAUUUCUUACUGACCUCAGAGAGCUUGGGGUUGGAUUCACGUGUUAAUUCUUCCCUAGACAGCAGCCAAGGAAGCUUUAGCUUUUCUAGCAGGAUGUCUGAUGGUAGUCGAAGAAGCCGGAGAAAUAGUGCGGAAUCAUCUGGCACAUUUUCUAGAAGACAAUGGAAGAGAAAGCAGCAGCUCAGAACAACGUCUCAGAAACCAUUCAGACUCAGAACAGAGCAACGAGGAAGCUGUAAACAGGAAGAAUUCUUCAAAAAGUUGAAACAAAAGAUGGAGGAAGAAGAGAAGAUGCGGAUUCCAAUUGCACAAGGUCUUCCUUGGACAACUGAUGAACCAGAGUGUUUGGUGAAGCCUCCUGUGAAAGAGACUACAGUACCGGUAGAUCUAAUGCUGCACAGUGACAUCAGGGCCGUGGAAAGAGCUGAAUUUGAUCACCAGGUGGCAGAAAAAUUAAGCCUCAUUGAAGAAUAUAAAAUGGAAAGGGAAAGGCAGCAGAAGUUAGCAGAGGAAGAAGAAAUCCGAAGGCUGAGAAAGGAGCUCGUUCCUAAAGCUCAACCAAUGCCUUACUUCGACCGGCCAUUUAUCCCAAGAAGAUAUUCGAAGCUGAUUUCAGUUAGUGCAGGUCAACGAAACAUCCGACUAUACCAAGAGAACCCAAGUUUCAUGCACAUCAACAAAAGAAGAUCAAAUGUUGCAUGUCGUGGAACGAAUUUUGCCCAAGUCAGCAAUGAAGGAAAAGGCAUCAUAGAGAAUUUGGAAGAACAAGUUUGA